AGCUGCAGCAGCAGCUGAGCGCAAAGGUUGUUUUGUGGAUUUGAGUUGGUCGACCCCCCCCCCCCCCUUCCCCAGGACACACCCAAGACUUCCACUUCCCUCGUCGAUCCUCUUCUUCUUCCUGAAGCGCGCAGCAGCCGCACGUUGUGGAGAUGAGUUACCCAGGUUAUCCUCCUCAGUCGGGCGGUUAUCCACCCCAAGCGGGCGGAUACCCGCCGCAAGGGGGAGGCUACCCGCAGGCCGGCGGCUACCCGCCCCAGGCGGCAGGGGGCUACCCGCCCCAGGCCGGAGGCUAUCCCCCGCAGGCGGGCGGCGGAUACCCACCCCAAGCCGGCGGAGGUUACCCACCCGCGGGCGGCGGUUACCCGCCCGCAGCGGGGGGCUACCCUGGACAGGGCGGCGGCUACCCUGCGCCGGCCGCAGGAUACCAACAGCCUCAGGCCGGAGGAUACCAACAGCCUCAGGCGGGGGGCUUUCCGUCCGUGCCUCCGGGAGGUGGUGGCUGGGGGGCGGCGCCAGGAGCUUACGGCGUGUCAGGGGGGGCUCCACAGGGGUACCCCGGGGCGGCGGCACCAGGCCAGCAGCCCAUGCCCAACUACCCCAGCGGAGGCGGGUACGGAAGCGGCGUUCCGGCCAACCCUCAGGCGCCCGCCGUCCCGACGGGCUUCAGGGGCUCCAUUAAGGACUUCCCUGGGGCCGAUCCACUGAGGGACGUGGAGGUUCUUCGCAAGGCCAUGAAGGGUUUCGGCACGGACGAAAACGCCAUCAUUGAACUUCUGGGAAGCCGAAGCAACAAGCAGAGAGUUCCCAUGGUGGCGGCGUACAAAACAACUUACGGAAAGGAUUUGCUCCACGACCUCAAGUCGGAGCUGACUGGAAACUUUGAGCAUCUCGUUCUUUCCAUGAUGAAGAGCCCGGCGCAUUUUGACGCGUCUGAACUCAGAGAGGCAAUAAAGGGAGCCGGGACGGAUGAGGCUUGUCUGAUCGAGAUCCUCUCGUCUCGCUCCAACUCUGAGAUUCAGGAAAUAGUGAGGAUUUACAAAGCGGAGUACGGCAAAAGUCUGGAGGACGCCAUCAACAGUGACACUUCCGGUCACUUCCGAAGACUCCUGGUUUCCCUCUGCCAGGGCAACCGCGACGAAAGAGACAACGUCGACCUGUCGCUCGCCAAACAGGACGCUCAGAAACUUUACGCCGCGGGGGAGAACAAAGUGGGCACGGACGAAUCCCAGUUCAACGCCAUCCUGUGCGCCCGCAGCAAGCCUCACCUGCGGGCCGUCUUCCAGGAGUACCAGCAGAUGUGCGGUCGAGACAUCGAGAAGAGCAUCUGCAGAGAAAUGUCGGGCAACGUGGAGUCUGGCAUGGUGGCGGUGGUGAAAUGCAUCAAGAACACGCCCGCCUACUUUGCCGAGCGACUGCACAAGGCCAUGCAGGGCGCCGGGACCAAGGACAGGACCCUGGUCCGCAUCAUGGUGUCCCGCUCCGAGAUUGACAUGCUGGACAUCAGGCAGGCGUACGUGAGGACCUACGGGAAGUCGCUGUACACGCACAUCUCCGGCGACACCUCCGGUGACUACAAGAAGCUGUUGUUGAAGCUUUGCGGCGGUAACGACUAAAAGACGUCGUACGACGACGAGGGCGCCACACGUCAGCGCUCCGCCCGACCUCGCAGCAAGUCUGACCGCGGCCACCUCGUCCUUAGUUUUGUGUCUACGUUGUAGCCAUCGCUAGCCAAAUUAACGCUUAGAAGACACGUUUGAACUUUAGCGCAUCGAAGAAGUGCCUGCCUGGAAAUUUGCCCACGCAGAAGAUUGAAUGUGUAUCCAUAUAUUCAUUAAUACGCCAUUGUCGAGUGUCAAGUGAAGUGCUGUAAAUACUUCAGUGCUUCACUUUUUUUCCCACAUUACAUGUUAGUUUGAUUCUACAAUUGAAUCAUAGCGCUGCGCAUCGUGAAAAACUCAAAUAGUAUUUUUGUUUUUAAACAGCUUUACAAAUGCAUCGAACAGGAAAAAAAAAAUGACGUACUGUACAUCUACGGUGGUACCUUGACUCACAACAUCCACUUUCCAAGCCGCUCAGCCUCACAAGGGUCGCGGGAGUGCCGGACUGAGUUAACUUGAGGCGAAAGGCGGACUGCGUCCAGAACCGGUCGCCCGUCAGUCGCGGGGGGGGGGGGGUCACAUGUCGACACCGUCACUGAGCGGGAAUCGAACCCACGGUGCCCACCGCAAAGUCGGCCGUGUGUGACUCACAGCAUUUGUAGCUCUAAUCAACAAAAAUGAAAAAAGUUGUCAUGUUUUGAACGAGAAUCAGAGAAUUCAAGAUGGCCGCCCGGGGGCAGGAUAAUGCAGGGUCACGACUCCUCAAUAACUGCAGUAAUAUUUGUCGUUUUCCGCUGAGGUUCAAGAGUAUAAAUACCUGUGAGUAGUUUCAUUGUUGAGUCUCCUCCGAGCCGAUGCUCUUUUUUUAGCCCGUCUGUGGCGUUUUGCAUUCUGUGUUGAACAACCCUCAAGUCAAGGUAUCAAAGUAUUUUCUACUUUUGAACUUUUCUGAUUUUAUACUUUAUAAGCCAGUCGAUUGGGCCCUGCCGCCAAACGUUACCAUACAGGUAGAGCCAUUUUACAUGUAUAUCAAUUAUAAAGAUGUUACUCGUGCAAGCUUUUUUGUAGGGUCCCUAAUACAUUUCCCGUUAUGAUUUAUGUGCAUAAUAUCUGCAAUAUUAAUGCCUGUGCCCUAACCUGAAGUAUACUCGUGCCUGCUAACCUAUGCAACGUAAUCAUCGCCUCAUGCACUUGGGUUAGCCUUUUUAUUGAACAGAAUUGUAUUUUUUUUUUUUUUUUCAUUUCCGGCUAGUUCAGUCAGCGGCCUUCUGCGCCAGUGCCACUAGGGGGCCCUGUCGAGACAUUUUGCACCUGAAUCUCUUUUUCCAUUUGACAAUCUUGGGAUUUUAAAGCUGGACAUGUACAAAAUAUACGGACUAAUACCACAGUUGUCACUUCAAUCAGAUAAAUUAAAAAAAAAAAAAAACGA